ACAAAUAUGCAAAGCAAAAGAAUCCCUCUCACGAAUAGGGUUUCAAAAUUAUCAUUCAAUAUCUACUUUCUGAUUCUUCAAAGGAACUAAUGGAAAUUCAAAUGAUGAGAUUAAAGAAACGAAGCGUGGAGAGAGGAAAACGAUGUAGGGCCACCUAAUUCUAAUUCCCCUUUCAUUGUUUCUUCCUCAAACGUCAAGAAAAUUCCACGACCGAGGUCUCUUCCUUCCUGCCCUAAAUCUAGCGAGUUGACAAAACCCGCUCAACAUGAUUCUCUUCUCUACACCUCCGAUUUCCAUCGUUUUCUUCUUUUCACUCCUCAUCUUCGUCUUUGCAGUCCGAUCUGAGGAUAUUUCCUCCGCCAUCCGCUUGCCUUCUGAAGCCACCAAUAACCACGGCGAUAUAGAUCUCUGUUCUGUGUCGGCCCCCUCUUAUUGCCCCGUGAAAUGCUUUAGGACGGACCCCGUCUGCGGAGUUGAUGGCGUUACCUAUUGGUGUGGUUGUGCCGAUGCUCUGUGUUCAGGUGUCAAGGUCGCCAAGAUGGGAUUUUGUGAAGUCGGCAACGGGGGUUCUGCGCCUAUUCCUGCCCAGGCCCUCCUUCUGGUUCAUAUUUUGCCGAUCAUCCUUGGAGUUUCCGUCUUGUUUGGACUCUUCUGAAUCUCACGCCAUUUCCAUUCAUUUUCCUCCUUACGACUAUAGAUGGAUUGCUGUAUGAAUCCCCUUUCUUUCCAUUUUCUUUUACUUAACAUUCUUUUGAGAGGAUCAUUACUGUUCGGCAAUUGAUUUCAUCCUAUUCUUUUGUCUAUUUUACUUCUCACUCCGUGCCCUGGCUAAUAAUAAUAUAUCUCCUACAUAGAUUCUAUCCUAAUCAGAAUUGCUUUUCUUUUCGAGUCUGUUGCUAAACUUGUGUCACGGACAUACUAUUACGAAUUCUUUUUCUUCA